AGAAGCCAAGUCUCGCCGAAGCCACAUCGCCUUGCAUUUUCCGCGGCACGCGAGGCUGGGCAGGCGCUGCGCGUCGCUUGUUGUGCGUCUCCCGUUGCAGGUAUCCUAGCUCACUCUGCUACAGUUUCCUUCAUCUCUCCCACUCGGCUCUGCAGUGAAGUGGAUCAGGUUCUAUAAAAAAGAGAAGAUGGGGUCUGGCUGCCUGAAAGUCACAAAGUACUUCCUUUUCCUCUUCAACCUCCUUUUCUUUAUCUUGGGUGCUGUGAUCCUGGGCUUCGGAAUAUGGAUUUUGGUUGACAAGAAUAGCUUCAUUUCAGUUUUGCAGUCCUCGUCGUCCUCGCUGAAGAUUGGGGCGUACAUUCUCAUUGGAGUCGGUGCUGUGACCAUGUUGAUGGGCUUCCUGGGCUGCAUUGGAGCAGUCAAUGAGAUCCGCUGUCUCUUGGGUCUGUACUUCACCUGCCUGUUGUUGAUCCUCAUAGCCCAGAUAGCUGCUGGCGUGCUCAUCUACCUCCAGCGGGAUAGACUCAGGAAAGAACUGGAUAUGAUUGCUGGCGACCUCAUUCAGAAUUACAAUCCCUAUGAUGACAAGAACAGGACCCUUGAGAAUGCAUGGGACUAUGUCCAGUUGCAGCUGUCUUGCUGUGGCUGGGCUACACCAGAAAAUUGGAAAAACAACACUUUCCUCCAGGACGGAAACCAGACAUCCUACCCUUGCUCUUGUGGCAAUGACUCGACUAACUCCCUCUCAGAAACAGGCUUCUGCUCUUUGGGUACUGUUUCCAACACCACAACGGCCGAGGACUGGCCUGUUAGAAAGCAGGGCUGUAGGGAAGGUGUGCAGAAUUGGUUACAGGAGAAUCUUGGCAUCAUUCUUGGAGUCUGUGCAGGGGUUGCUUUCAUUGAGCUCCUGGGGAUGAUUCUCUCGAUCUGCCUCUGCAAGAACAUACACACUGAAGACUACACCAAAGUGCCCAAGUACUGAGACUGGUGGCCUCAAGAGCUGUCCCGGAGCUAACGGGGCAUUUCCUUCCUCGUACCCAGACUGUCUUCAUCACUUACCAUUCCUCCUGUGGCAUCCAGCAUUGCUAUGGAUCAAUUAGGCUGCACUGCGGCUAUUAAUUCUUUGAGGGAUCAGGGGCUUGGGCAGCCCCUCCUAUCUCUUGACUGUUCUUCUACGAAGCUGGCCAUUUUAAAGUCUUCCUCCGCUCGUGUGAUGCCCUGCACCUUUACUGCCAGCACCAUGCUAGACAGCCUCUUCUUUGUUUUUAUCCACUUCUGACGCAUUGUGACUAAGCGUAAAAUGCUCCUUUUUCUUUCGCAGCUGUCUGCUACCAUUGAUUUGUAUAUUAUUUUCCACUAGGAAGAACUUUUGGGGGGCUUUAGCUGUUGUCGGUGGUUUGGGGGUCUCUCCCAAAGAAAUACAUGCAGUAGGAAGGAGCAUCCUUUCUCUAACCUGACACCCUGGCCUUCCUUAAACUCACUUCCUCAGAUCUGCUGAAUUGUGUCUCUUGAAUAGUUUUGCAUAGUUCUGCUAUAGUCCCCCACACCCCACCCCAAGAAAUGUUCCCUUUUCACUUACUGCACCAUCUUCAGUGACUUCAAUCUGAUGGAGGAUUGGCCCAGGCCCAGGCUUAUGAUGUCACCAGCUAGUAGUAACAGGGAAGUUGACUUGGGAGAUUGGAUUUUUGUACAAAACAAAACAAACCUUAUCUUCUCUGCCACACUCUUCUUCCUUUCUGAAUCUGGUUAGCUUGGAGGCACUUUAGAGCACACCUAUAGCAUACGUGAGCCUGCGCAGGCUCAACUGGAAUAUGUUCUUUGGUUGCCAACUUUUUUAGAGGUGAUGCGUAAUAAUGUGUUGUGGUAAAAGAAUAUCUAGGAUUGAUGGCUUUUUUGUACCAGUGGUGGUGGGGGAGCAUUUGCUCUGACCUUUAGCUUGUGUAGCGACUCCUUCCUGUUAACCUAAAUCUCUGUUUGGGGUGCCAUCUUUAAUUCAGAGACUCAUUGUAGCAGGGAGCCUCUGUCUCGGUGUUUCACUGGGAAAUGUGUUUUGCACCCAGCAGCCAUGCUAGGUUCUGCUCCAGGACUGAGAGCAGGGAGGGCAAUGCAGUCCCAUGAGGGGAAUCCCUUGCUUUGGGGACAGCAAAACUCCGGUAAGGCCUGUGGAAAAAGGAGGGGCGGGUGGUAGUCUCAUCCAGGUUAAGCGAUUACUCCUGAGCCACAUGACACUCACUGACUGUUGCAUGGAACGCUUCCAUUUUAGCACUAAGAUGGCACUUAAUGUAAACUUUCAAAUUUGGACAAAUCAUUUCCUCUCUCUCUCUCUUUUCUUCAUAUGCUGAGAGUCCUUAAUCUCCUUGAAUGCACAGGCCAGCAGGGCGCAUCCUAGCACAACACCGGGAGACUCGUGGAGGGGAGAGUCUACAAGAAGGCAUGAACGAUUGCCCUGUGUGGAGAUUUUUUUAACAGGCUUGAGGUGGUCUAAAGUACAAGUCCCAAAUCUGAGAAGAGCCUCUCAUAUCUCCAUGCACCCCAGAAAACAUAUGCUCCUAGUUCUUAAAUAAUGACUGGUGGUGACAAAUCCAAGAAAAAGCUAUUAAUAAUGUUUUGCUUUGGGGGUAGAGUUAAGUGCAGGAAGAGGACCAUCAAGGAAUCUGCCUGCCCCAUGUUGAGUCCCUUCCUCAUUUAAAAGCAAACAAAGCUUGCAAAAGGGACUUCCCUGGGAGUGAUUGUUUUUGCUCUUCUCACCUCCAGCCUGGUCUUUCCUUUUCCUUUUCCUCCCCCCCCCCCCUUUGGAAUUGAUUGUAAAGCUAGGUUUUAUAUUCACCUCUUGUGCUUCGAUUGAUAAGCUGUUUAUGCUGUGGUUCUUCUCUCGGAUUCAGCGCCGAGUGGAAGAAAAGCUGAGCCCCUUCUGGAUUUCUCCUUUUUUUUUUUUUUUGAAACCUCUUCCAAAUGGAAGAAAUGCAUGUACAGAUUUAAACAAGUAAUGGGUGGGUAUUUCAGUAAUAAAAAGAUUUGCUUAAAAAAAAGAA